ACUCUCUGAGAUAUUUUCUGGGCAUUUCGGAUCCCAUCCAUGGGGUCCCUGAAUUUAUUUCAGUUGGGUAUGUGGACUCGCAGCCUAUCACCACAUAUGACAGUAUCACUCGGCAGAAGGAGCCGCGGGCCCCAUGGAUGGCAGAGAACCUCGCGCCUGAUCACUGGGAGAGGUACACUCAGCUGCUGAGGGGCUGGCAGCAGACAUUCAAGGUGGAACUGAAGCGGCUGCAGAGGCGCUACAAUCACUCAGGGUCUCACACUUACCAGAGAAUGAUUGGCUGUGAGCUGCUGGAGGAUGGAAGCACCACAGGAUUUCUGCAGUAUGCAUAUGACGGGCAGGAUUUCCUGAUCUUCAAUAAAGACAGCCUCUCCUGGCUGGCUGUAGAUAAUGUGGCUCACACCGUCAAGCGGGCAUGGGAGGCCAAUCAGCAUGAGUUGCAAUAUCAAAAGAAUUAGCUGGAAAAAGAAUGUAUUGCCUGGCUAAAGAG